AUGCCAUUCAUUUCAGAAUAUGCUGUCAAACAAAGAUGUCACUUGAAGCGCUCAGUUUUGGAGUGUACAGAAACAAAUGAUUGUAAAACAAAUCUUUCAACGUCUAUGGCAUCAUCGAAUCCACAGAAAGUGUUGUGUGUAACAUGCAAUAAAGUGACAGGUCUAUUUACUUGUCGCGGAUGUCAACAGAACUUCUGUACUAGUCAUGUCGCUGAGCAUCGACAAGAAUUAGGAAAACAGAUGGAUGAAAUAACGGUCGAGCACGAUCGUUUUCGACAAAUACUAAUUGAACAGAACACAGAUCUACGAAUGCAUCCAUUGCUAAUUGAAAUAACCGAAUGGGAGCAGCAAUCGAUCGAGAAGAUUCGUCAAUUAGCGCAUGAUGCUCGACAGCAGCUAGAAGAGUUGAUAAUCGCCAGUCGAAAGAUACUGAGUGAAAAUCUGACGAAAAUUGGAAAUGAAUUGAAUAAAGCGCGUGAAGAAGAUAAUUAUUUCGAAACGGAUUUUGUCGAAUGGAUAGCGAAGAUAGAUCGAUUGAAAAAGGAAGCAAAUGAGUUGCCAAAUGUACGACUUCCUUGUUUUGACAAUAAUAUUCUUCCAGUGAUAUCCAACGUUCGUGAAAAUACUUCUUUGAAAGAAAUCUUUCAACAAUCAACUGGUGAAGCUGCAAUCGAAGACAAUGGUGAAGUAGCUGUUAAAAACACGCGCGUAUCUCAUGCAGCCGUACGUGGUAGGGGUGAAUUCAAUUCUGGACAACAUCGAUUUCGAUUUCGCAUCGAACGAUAUUUUAAAUCUGGCUGGUUACAAAUUGGAAUUGUUUCGAAAACUAUACCUCUCCAAGCGAAUUCUUAUCAAACACCAUCUCUUUACGGUUGGGGCGCAUCCAACCAAGUUUACCUUGACGGACGAAAUCAUCAAGGCUAUAAUGGAUACAUAACUGAUAUACAAACGAAUGAUGAAAUAGAACUAGCCGUCGACUGUGAUACACGAACGAUUAUUUUAACAAACGAACGUACCCAUUCCACGUAUCGACUUGCUGUCGAUCUGCAACGCUGCCCAUUUCCAUGGCAACUCAGUAUUGGCUUAUACUAUUCCUUAGACCGUAUUCGUAUCUUGCAUACGUAA